AUGGGAAACCGAUUCCGUAGACGCAUUGGUUCAAUACAAAGCGGGAACUGGUGCUCACUACCCUUACCUCAGUCCCUUCCCAACCAAAGCCACCUCAAGCAAUUUGUUGACAAUAUUCUGUUUGAACAGCCGGUAUAUUCCACCAGCAAUACCGUUAUUCCCAAUAUAAAGGGCUCCCGAAUGCGAUUCUAUGGGUGGCCGAGAAUAUUCUGUCUAUUUCUUGGAGUCAUUGCAUUUUUCUCGGACUUGAGAUUUCCUGACGAAACUGCAGAAUUUUUUGGCAUUGAUGUGCUCCAGAGUUAUGAAGACUAUUUCGCAGACGUAAAAGACGCGCCAAAUAUUAGAGUAAAACCAAAUCACACUAAAGACAAGGAUUUAAUCGAGCAAAACGUGAGUCGAGUCUACGCGGGUCUACGCAAACGAAAUCUUUCCAAUCGUUUCUCUCGUCUCCAAAAAUCAUGGAAUAUUCUGGAGAUAGUGGUGAAUGUGUUGAGUGGUGUCCGUGAGAUGUCGUGA